AUGACUAAUGUCAAUAAUAAGGAGCUAGUACUUCCACCAACUAGGGCAACCCUACGCGAUUCUUAUAAUUCUUGGAGUUGGUUAAAGCUAUCUUUAUUUACUCUUUAUGUAUUGGAAAUAAACGACGUAUUAUGGACUCCGUUGCUAAUACGUGUAUUAAUGCACUUGAAACCUGGCGAGUGUGAACGUAUGGAUAACCCUAAAAGAUAUAGCAAAGAAUAUUGCUGCGGUAUAGCAAAUAGCAGUGUAUUCAAGGACGGUGGGACACUUCAUAUUCCCGAGUUCAAGCUUACAAAGUCGACACAAAGUCAAAUACUAAAACAAAUUGAAGUAAGAGUAUCGCCAUUCGUGAAUAAUUCCCUGGGGUUCAAGAUUAUAAUCAUAUGGCUUUUAGCAUACAAAUUCAACAGCUGUGGGUAUAAGGUCCUUGAAAGAGCAACAUAA